AAGAAGAAGAAGAAGAAGAAGAAGAUGCUUUCGUGUUCUCCUCUCACAGUUACUUCGUCUUCUUACCCAUUCCGUUUCCUUCCCUCUGCUUCUGAUCCUCCUUACGAUUCUCUUCGAAACCACCCUUCUCUUUCUCUUCUCCACAAUUGUAAUACUCUUCAAUCUCUACGCAUAAUCCACGCUCAGAUGAUCAAGACCGGUCUCCACAACACCAACUACGCUCUCAGCAAGCUUAUCGAGUUUUGCGUUCUCUCUCCGCACUUUGACGGCCUUACUUAUGCUAUCUCUGUUUUCGAAUCGAUCCAAGAGCCGAAUCUGUUGAUUUGGAACACAAUGUUUCGUGGGCACGCGCUGAGUUCGGACCCUGUUUCGGCGCUCUAUUUGUAUGUUUGUAUGAUUUCGCUUGGGCUUGUUCCUAAUUCCUAUACGUUUCCGUUUCUAUUGAAAUCUUGUGCAAAGUCGAGGGCUUUUAGGGAAGGACAACAGAUCCAUGGGCACGUUCUGAAGCUUGGGUGUGAUUUAGAUCUCUACGUACAUACUUCUCUUAUCGCUAUGUACGUGAAAAACGGGAGAUUAGAAGAUGCACGUAAGGUGUUCGAUCAAAGUUCUCACCGUGAUGUGGUUUCUUACACAGCUUUAAUCAAGGGUUAUGCGUCUAACGGCUAUAUCGAAAGUGCACAGAAGAUGUUCGACGAAAUUCCAGUGAAAGACGUAGUGUCAUGGAAUGCAUUGAUUUCAGGAUAUGCGGAAACCGGUAAUUAUAAAGAAGCAUUAGAAUUGUUUAAAGAGAUGAUGCAGACGAAUGUUAAGCCAGACGAGAGUACAAUGGUCACUGUACUUUCUGCUUGUGGUCAGUCUGCUAGUAUUGAAUUGGGUCGUCAGGUGCAUUCAUGGAUUGAUGAUCAUGGGUUUGGUUCAAAUCUCAAGAUUGUUAAUGCUCUCAUUGAUUUGUACAUAAAAUGUGGUGAAGUGGAGACAGCAAGUGGUUUGUUCGAAGGAUUGUCGUACAAGGAUGUAAUCUCCUGGAACACCUUAAUCGGUGGUUACACACAUAUGAAUCUAUACAAAGAAGCAUUGUUGUUGUUUCAAGAAAUGCUUAGAUUAGGUGAAAUUCCAAACGAAGUUACAAUGCUAAGUAUUCUUCCUGCUUGUGCACAUCUUGGAGCCAUUGAUAUUGGAAGAUGGAUUCAUGUUUACAUCGACAAGAGAUUAAAGGGUGUUUCAAAUCCUUCUUCUCUCCGGACAAGCCUGAUUGACAUGUAUGCUAAAUGUGGAGACAUAGAGGCAGCACAACAAGUUUUCGACAGUAUGCUAAAUAGAAGCUUGUCGUCUUGGAACGCAAUGAUCUUUGGGUUUGCGAUGCACGGGAGAGCCAAUGCAGCAUUUGAUAUUUUCUCGAGAAUGGGAAAGAACGGGAUUGAACCGGAUGAUAUCACGUUUGUUGGUUUGUUGUCUGCUUGUAGCCAUUCAGGUAUGUUAGAUCUUGGACGUCAUAUCUUCAGAUCAAUGACAGAAGUCUACAAAAUAACCCCAAAAUUAGAGCACUACGGGUGCAUGAUUGAUCUUUUGGGUCAUUCGGGUUUAUUCAAAGAAGCGGAAGAAAUGAUAAACUCGAUGGAGAUGGAUCCUGAUGGAGUGAUUUGGUGCUCCCUUCUCAAAGCUUGCAAGAUGCAUGGGAAUGUCGAAUUGGGCGAAUCAUUUGCACAAAACCUCAUUAAGAUUGAACCAAAAAACUCAGGUUCUUAUGUACUUCUAUCUAACAUUUACGCGACAGCAGGCAGAUGGAACGAAGUAGCAAAAAUACGUGCGCUCCUCAAUGAUAAAGGUAUGAAGAAAGUUCCUGGUUGCAGCUCUAUCGAAAUAGAUUCUGUGGUCCAUGAGUUCAUCAUUGGGGAUAAACUCCAUCCACGGAACAGAGAAAUCUAUGGAAUGUUAGAAGAAAUGGAGGUGUUACUGGAGGAAGCAGGGUUUGUUCCAGAUACUUCUGAAGUGUUGCAGGAGAUGGAAGAAGAAUGGAAAGAAGGAGCGUUGAGGCAUCACAGCGAGAAGCUGGCUAUUGCAUUUGGGUUGAUCAGUACAAAGCCUGGAACUAAACUUACAAUCGUGAAGAAUCUAAGGGUGUGCAGAAAUUGUCAUGAGGCCACAAAACUUAUAUCAAAGAUUUACAAAAGGGAGAUUAUUGCGAGAGACAGAACUCGGUUCCAUCAUUUCAGAGACGGCGUGUGUUCUUGCAAUGACUACUGGUAGGCAUCAUUAUUUUUUCAGAAGAUCUCUUUACCAAUGAUGUUGGUCAAGAACUGUAAUAUAAUUUUCUUACUGUAAAAAAUUACAAGAAUA